AUGGAAGGAAACGGUGAACAGAGUGCAAGUGUGGCGAGAGACGCUGGAAAGAGUGUAGGUAUGACUGACCAUGAGACAAGCAAUGUAAAAUCUCGAAGUCGGAAGAGAAAUCGGUCCCCGACGACAUCAGAGUCCGAGUACGAAUCUGACGAUUCAAUGCGAAGGAAGAAUAGGCGCAGAAGACGUGAAGCAAGAUUGGAGGAAGAGAAUCUGCGACUUCUUGCGUUGCUCUCUAGACGAGAACGUGCUCCGAUGGAUCUCGUCAAAUUCGAUGCGAAAACAACAGACGCAACCGGUUGGGCGAAAAUGGUUGACGAGUGGAUUCGUCGACAUAGCCCCGAUGACUAUGAGGUGGUCCAGCACUUGGCGAAAGCAUUCAAGGGCAAAGCAGCUCAGUGGUUUACGGGUAUGGAUCCCUCAGGGAAAACCUGGGUCGAAAUACGUGCCGAAUUUUUAAGCGCGUAUGCAAAAAAUAAGAACGUCGCGUCGGAGCUACACACGAUCUGGACAGAGGACGCCGAGUUUACGCUGGAGAACUUCAUGAAGAGAGGAAGAAAGUUGAAAGCGUGGCUCAAUGAGAGGAAAACGAUUGACGAAACGGCCGCUCAACUUGCGGGAUUAUCGUAUUCGGAGAAAAACCGAUUCGUUCGCAACGUAUUCGUGCGUGAAUCGCCAAAAAGUUUGCAGGAAGCGAUGUCGUACCUCGAUGGACGAACGACCGACCAUCAUCGACCGCGUGCAUUUAUCGGAGCCCCUGGUCCACAUACUAAGACUUCGGUGCCGCGAGAUGCCCCGCGGUCACAAAGUAGCAGCCAUGCAAGGGGCAAGGGUUCGGCCAGCAGAAGCUCGGACUCUAGGAGACUAGUGACCUGCUACAGCCGCAAAGAAGAUGGACACAUUGCCCCACAUUGUCCUAAGAAGAAUGAGAAGGUAGUAAGGCUAUGUAAUUUGACUUCUUCUGAGAAUACUUUGAGGCUGGCCGAUGGUAAGGUAUUGACGUUCAUCUUUGAUUCUGGUUCGGAGUGUUCGCUUGUAGUCAAGAAUUUGGUAGAAAGGUUGCCAGGUAAAAGGAAAUCAAUCUUCACACGGUUCAGGGGUAUUGAAAAUGGAUACGUAGAUUGUUGUGAAAAGAUCUCUGUGUUCGCCGAGCUGAAUGGAAUAAAUGUUGAAAUUGAUCUGUAUGUGGUACCGGACGAAAGUUUGCCCGCGAAACUAAUUCUGGGAAAAGAGCUGUUGGCAAAUGGUGUCUCAGUCACGUUGGACGGAACCAUGGUUAAAUUUGCAAAACCUGGAAAAUUUGUUGGCUCGAUUAGCUCAACGAUUGAUAUCAAUGCUGUUGAUUGUGAUGUGGUUGAAAUGAGAGAACCACUUGUAGAAUUGUUGAGGCUGUAUGCGAAACAUAUGAGUGUUGAAGCUCCAAAGAUUCGAGUAACAUCUGGCAGCUUUGAGAUUAGGCUAAAAGACGAAAAUAAAAUCGAGGAGAGAAGACCCUAUAAACUGGGCCUUGUAGAACGGGAGACUGUAUGA